GUGAAAGAGAGAGGAUGGACUACUUUCUAUCCAGAAGAACGAAGGGCGGGAGUCUGGUUCGGAGUUGGGAAUGAUAUUGAAAAGGAGAGGGUUCUUUCUUUCUUGCUUUCUUUCUUUCUUGAGUCAGGCAUGAAUGGCAAACGAUCAUUUGCUGUUACGCCUUUCUACUUCAGUUAACACGUGGAGGAGGUUCCGGUCGGAGCAAGUCUGUUGUAGUGCGGGGAGAAGGGAGAGGGCAAUGGGUAGCGUGGCCUGGCAGGGUGGGAGUGGGAAAGGGUAGGAAAGGGUGUGUAAGCUGUUGUGCUGAUGGCGCUAUAGGAAAGAACAGACAAUUGAAUGCCACAGAAAGGCUGGAAAAAGAGACAAAGUCUGUGGCGAACAGCGUCGCAGCGAACUACGCAGUGGCAGAACUUGCUGAGAAUCGCACCGCACGAUAGUUACUUUGAGGUUGCUGAUCGUCCGCUGGCAGACUCAUGUGCACUGGCUGAGUGGGAGAGGGUAAUGGGUGGCGUGGCAGGGCAGGGGAGUGGGAAAGGGUAGGGAGAGUUGUAUAAGCUGUAGUGCUGAUGGCGCUUAGGAAAGAACAAACAAUCGUAUGCCACAGAAAGGCUGGAAAAAGAGAAAAAGUCUGUGGCAAACAGCGUAGCAGCGAACUACACAGUGGCAGAACUCGGGAAGAAUCACACCGCACGAUAGUUACUUUGAGGUUGGUGAUCGUCCGCUGGCAGACCCGUGUGCACUGGCUGAGUGCGGUGGCCUUCUGAAAGUGAACGUGGUGGGAAUCCCUUGGUAGUUUCUUUGAUGUUGGUGAUUGCUCGGUGUCAGAUCUGUUCUCGUUGACUUAGUGCGGUCGGGUGAAGUUCAAGAGUGAAGAGGGCUGUAGCCAACAAUUGAUUGGUUGAUGGUGAGUGGAAUGAGGUAUCAGCUGGCAUGCAUGGCUACAAAAUGUGUGCUAGAUCCACAGAAGCUAUUGGGGUUCAAACUUCCGAGUUAGCAUUUGCCACGUUGCGGGCUAUGCACACCCUUUCUCGUGUUCUAUAUAUAGCUCAGCAAUGUCGCUUCCCGAAUGGAGUUCCCUGUGGGCCAGGGCUUUUGACGACACAAGCUUGUAAGCAGGAGAGAGAGAGGGAAGGGCUUUUGAAGCUUCCUAUUCUGCUUCUUUGUGUGCAGGUGCUUUAGAACGUGGACUGCACGUUGGGGGCCGGAGUUGUGCACCUUUUCCCAGGUGCUAACCAGGGGUAUGCUGUUAUGCAUCUAUCAGAAAAAAAGACGAUAAUACGACAUUCACUUCUUCGCAUGGAGCAGGAAGUCAUAUACGGGGGUCGUACUCUUUCCUUGGGGUGGGAUCUACUCCAGAUAUAAGGUCAUUUACAUUGCUACUUCAGAACUGGCUGCUGUCUGGUAGGUUCCGUUUUCAGCUCUCAUGGAUUUAUGGGAGGCAUUCGUUAUCUCACAUGGCUCCUCCUAAUCCUGAAAAUUCUACCGAAGGAGAUGUCAUCAAGCGACAGACGUUGGAAGAUGAGAAGAGGAUGGAGUGGAAGUUGGCCGUGAUGAGGGAGAAGAAGAGGAGAGUAGACGCGGCAGUGGAGGCGGCAGAAGAAUUAGAAGAGAUACAAAAGAUAGAAGAGCAAUUAGCCGCCCAGACUGAACUCCCAAAGAAAAUGGAAGUCAUAGCCAAAAACUUUGCACGCUUAGCACGAAUCCAGGUCGAGCAGUAUGACUUUAGUAGGAGUCAACAUAUAGCGGUACGUUCGAUACGGUUGGGAUUCCGGGACUUUGCUCGUGAGUUGGUGGGUGCUGUAGGAGCCGAGGUGGGCCACCGCCUCGACAAGACUGAGCGGUUUUGCGCUGGCGCCAUUGAAGGCGUUAAAGCGGCAGCUCCCAAGGAGGAGGAAGCACGUCCUCUUCGCCGGGAGCCGGUCAAAGUCAAAUUCCCUGAUUCCUACAGUGGAAAACGGGAAGAAAACUUUGACAAUUGGGAGGCCAAUGUCAAAACCUAUGUGCAUUUGCAACAGGUCUCCCCGGAUCAGCAGGUCCUAAUUGCGAUCCAUGCGCUUAGAGAUGAGGCCGCCAGCUUUGCAAGGUCCCUAGUUCGCGCUGCCAACUGUAGUGACGAUCCAGUUGCGUACUCCUCGUUCAUGUCCCUCACUGAAUUCUUGAAGCUGCUGCGCGAGCGAUUUGCUGAUGUCGCUCGCAGUGUUAAGGCCUCCGACAAGCUCCAGACGAUCCAAGCCCGUAAGUGGAAGAGUGCCAGGGCACUCAAGAGCACAAUGGACGAGUUGGUAGCUGUCCCUGACCAUGGGGUUACAGACACCCAGUUGGUCGCCCUCUUCUAUAGAGCGAUGCCCGAAGCUUUUCGCGGGCACUUCUUCGCGAAGAGCGAAGACCCUGCCACCACUUACGAUUCCCGUAGCCGUGAAGUGGUGACCUUUGAGGCAAAAUCUGUGUCAGUUUCCACCCUCUGGCACAAAGAUUUGGAUAAGGGGAAACAAUGGAAGGACCGCACUAUCUCUGGGCAGGUGAAGACUAAGGAUAGCCUUGUCCUAACUUUAGAUGAGGGUAGUGUGGAUGAGAUCCCCUACGAUCAGAUUGAGUGGGGGUUAGAGGAGGAGGACAGCGGUGUGGGCCAGGGGAGGACUUACGCUGCUGUCGCGGCUGGAGGGAGGCCGCAAGGAGGACGAGGCCAGGGCCAAGGGGGUCGGGCCUCAGGGAGCCGGUUUCAGGGCGAUCAGGGGGUUGGCGGCAGAGGAGGAAACCGCCAAGUGGGAGGGAGGGGUCAAGGUCCCCCGCAAAACCGUCCUAAGAAUAGGUCUCCCUAUAGAGUAGGAGGAUGGCACCCGGGGCUGCCGCAGGCGAUUAGAGAUUGGCCCAUGCCGCGCACGCUGACAGAGUUGCGCUCGUUCCUGGGCUUAGCUAACUACUACAGGAAGUUCGUGAGGAACUUCUCCACCAUCGCUGCACCCCUUCGCAGAUUGUUGAGAAAAAAACCCAUCUGGAAGUGGGACAAGGACUGCACGUCUGCCAUGAAGAAGCUAAAGCAGACAUUGAUAGAGUACCCGGUCCUUAAGGUAGCCGAUCCGUCCUUGCCUUUUGUCGUUACUACGGAUGCUAGCCAGUACGGCAUAGGCGCGGUGUUGCAGCAAGACGAUGGCAACGAUUAUAGACCCGUAGAGUUCAUGUCCGCCAGAAUGCCUUCAGAGAAGGUCGCGACAUCUACCUAUGAGAGGGAACUCUACGCUCUCAGGCAAGCCUUAGAACACUGGAAGCACUACUUGCUUGGGAGACACUUCAAAGUCUACUCCGAUCAUGAGACGUUAAGAUGGUUAAAGACGCAGGCCAAGAUGACACCUAAGCUUACUAGGUGGGCCGCAGAGAUAGAUCAAUAUGACUUUGAGCUCAAGCCAGUCAAGGGGAAGUAUAACGUAGUUGCGGAUCCUCUAAGUAGGAGAGCUGCAUUACUUAGACAUAGGGAAGGACCUGCAGCAGAAGAUUAGAGAAGCCUAUGCACAGGACCCUAUCUACAGUGACCUCCUUAAGAAAGUCAAAGAGGCCCCGGAGACUGAACCGAACUACCGCACUACCGAAGGGUUGCUCUUUGAGAAGACUAAUGUAUUUGACCGCCUGUGCAUUCCCCGUAGUGAAGAGAUUCGUAGUCUGAUUCUGGGAGAAUGCCACGACACAGAGGGUCAUUUUGGUUGGCAAAAGACUUUAGCCAAUCUAAUGCGCGCAUAUACCUGGCCAGGGAUGAAGAAUGACUGCGUAGAGUAUGUUCGCAGUUGUAAAGUCUGCCAACGU